UUCAGUUGGUCGGGAUAAGAUUUAAGAAUGGAAAUGGCGUUCCCAUAGCAUAGCAUAGAUCUAUCUACCCACACCAUGACAACAGAAUACUCCCUCCCCCUAACCUCAACCUCAAACUCAACCUCAACCACUCCCCUCCGCAUAUUCAUAACAAUGAAAUUGGGAAUUACAAAUUAGAGAUGAGGAGGAGUAGGAGGAGGAUAAAGGUUGAGUUAAUAAUAAUCUACUUUUCAAUGGUAGCCUUCUUCUACUCUGCCUGUAGCUUGAACUCCGAUGGUCAAACAUUACUGUCGCUGGCAAGCCACUGGGUUUCCGCUCCCCCAACCUGGAACGCUUCUCAUGACGAUCCAUGUGGGUGGCUCGGUGUUCUCUGCGACCCUGUUACUAACCUCGUCGUCUCUCUCAACUUAUCAGCCUCUCAUAUUGUUGGUGAACUGGGACCAGAAAUCUCCCAGUUGACCCACCUUAAAACAUUGAAUUUAAGCCUUAACACUAUCUCUGGUACCAUUCCUCCAGAAAUAGCCAAUUGCACUCGUCUUCAACAAUUGGACCUAUUCAGGAACAACUUUACAGGCUCGCUGCCUCGAGGCCUAAACAACCUUGCCAGCCUUGUCUAUUUAGACUUGUCUUUCAACCAAUUUGCUGCAGGUCUUCCAGCUGAGCUCGGAGAGUGUAGUAACCUGGAACAGUUUGCGGUUGUAGAUUGUGGCUUGACCGGUCCCAUCCCCUCUUCUUUUGGAGGACUCACCAAGCUCACUCUCCUUUACCUCUCCAUCAACCAGCUGUCAGGGAGCAUACCACCUGAGCUUGCCAACUGCUCCUCCUUGACUGACCUCCAGCUGGACCGGAAUCACCUGGAGGGUCCUAUUCCAAGUGAGCUUGGUAUGCUCAACUUGAAAACCCUUUAUCUGUUUGAGAACCGCUUAACAGGGGAGGUUCCCAUGAGUAUCUGGAAGAUUCAAACCCUGCAGAGCCUUCUUAUUUAUAGAAACCGUCUGUUUGGUGAGCUGCCCCUUGGGCUCGCCCAGCUGCCCCACUUGGAAGAGUUAACUCUCUAUGACAAUCAUUUCUUCGGCGUCAUACCCCAGACCUUAGGACUCAAUGCCACUCUCACCAACCUUGACUUUUACAACAACUCCUUUACUGGACCAAUCCCACCACAUCUUUGCUCUCGGAACCGCCUCGUGAAGCUGGUUUUGGGCUUUAACUCCUUCCACGGGGGUAUUCCUUCCCAGCUUGGCAACUGCACCAGCCUUAAAAGAUUGAUCAUAGAUAACAGUAAUCUCACAGGCCUUCUUCCAGACUUGGUUAAUAACCCAAACCUGCUAUACAUGGACCUUGAGGCCAACCGCUUCACUGGACCAAUUCCAGGAACCUUUGGUAAGCUUACUAAUAUCACAGAAAUCAAUCUCUCCAGGAACAGGCUUUCGGGUCCUCUACCUCAGGAGCUAGGAAACCUCCUGCACCUUCAGGCUCUGGACCUCUCCCACAAUGCACUGGAAGGUCCUUUGCCACCUCAACUGGCCACUUGCACCAGGAUGUUGAACUUUGAUCUAAGUCAUAACAUGUUCAACGGCUCCAUUCCACCUGCUUUGCGCACCAUGCCAGGGUUAUUGACUCUCGAUUUCAGCCAAAAUCAGUUUUCAGGAGGCAUUCCAUCUUUCAUAUCUCAAUUCCAAGCUCUCAUAGAUCUUCGACUCGCUGGAAACCCAUUAGGUGGAAGCCUGCCUUCCUCAAUAGUAGAGCUCAAGACACUUGUCACAUUGAAUCUCAGCAACAACGGUCUCACAGGUGAUAUUCCCUCAGGGUUCAGUAAGCUGGUGAUGCUACAGCAGUUGGACGUUUCUCACAACCAUCUAACUGACACUUUAGCAUCACUUUCAGAGCUUCGUGUGUUAACCGAACUCGACAUCUCAUACAAUCUCUUCACCGGUCCUAUACCAGCAAAUUUGCUGAAAGUUGUCAACUCUUCGUUUUUCGGAAAUCCAGGUCUUUGUGUCGAUUGCGGACAGAAUAACUGUAGCAGAAAUUUUAGACCUUGCACCAGUCGUUCAGACCGACAGAAAGGUCUUACCAGGUUCCAAACUGCAAUGGUGGCACUUGGGACGUCAGCAUUUUUGUUUGCAGUUGUUGUUGGACUUGGUUUCGUGUUCCAGGCUCGGAAAAGAGAAAAACAUGACAUCGAGGAAACAUACGAUGAUGCAGAGGAUAAAGGAGAUGGUUGUUUAUUUCACAAAAUAAUGGAAGCUACAGAGGAUCUAAAUGACAGGUACAUUAUUGGGAGAGGGGCCCACGGGAUUGUGUAUAAGGCUUCAUUGGGUCCUGAAGGAGUGUAUGCGGUAAAGAAACUAAUGUUUGGAAGCAGCAAAGAAGGAAGCACGAGCAUGGUUCGAGAGAUUGAGACGGUCGGGAAGGUGAGACACAGGAAUCUGGUGAGAUUGGAGGACUUUUGGAUGAAAAAAGAUUACGGUUUGAUAUUAUACAGAUAUAUGCAGAAUGGUAGUCUUCAUGAUAUUCUGCAUGAGGUACAUCCACCUCCAUUGUUGGAUUGGAGCAUUCGUUGCAAUGUAGCUCUUGGAACCGCCCACGGUUUAGCAUAUCUCCAUUUUGACUGCGAGCCACCUAUAGUUCACCGAGAUAUUAAACCCAUGAAUAUUCUUUUGGAUGAGGAGUUGGAACCUCACAUCUCAGAUUUUGGCAUUGCCAAGCUUCUAGAUCAAUCAUCUGCGGCGCUAAUGAGCGGCACACUGAGGGGCACCAUUGGGUACAUUGCUCCAGAAAAUGCAUUCACGUCAACUAAAAGCAAGGAGUCUGAUGUGUACAGUUACGGGGUUGUGUUACUGGAAUUGAUAACAAGAAAGAAGGCAGUGGAUCCUUCAUUUGCAGAUGGAGUGGACAUAGUGAAGUGGGUGCGGUCCGUUUGGAAUGAAAAGAGAGAUAUAGAGGAGGUUGUAGAUGCUGCAGCAGGUGAUUAUGGUGUACGGGAACAAGUGACCCAAAUGCUUGAGCUUGCUUUGAGGUGUACACAUAGCGAACCAAGCAGAAGACCGUCAAUGAGAGAUGUGGUCAAAGAAUUGGAAGAUGUGUAUGCAGCAAUCAGGAGCAAGCUUAAGUAGUAUUUUACAACCCAAUUUAAGUAUACAGAAUUAGAAGUAGUACAUUGUUUUGUAAUUAGCUUCUUUUAUAGAAAAAUAACCAUUACUGCUACAUGUUGGUUGAUACAACAACAAUUAGCUAGCUAUUUGUUGAUGAAAAAAGUGGUUUGAAGUUGAAAAGGCAAUAAGCAGUUAUUAAACAA